AUGCCGCGGCCCACUCGCGAAUCUUACGGAGAUCAGAAACCGCCGUUUUCGUACAUCGCGCUCACAGCCAUGGCCAUCUGGAGCUCGCCGGAGAGGAUGCUGCCGUUAUCAGAGAUAUACCGGUUCAUUACUGACAGGUUCCCAUACUACAGACGUAAUACACAGAGGUGGCAGAAUUCAUUGCGACACAAUCUGUCAUUCAACGAUUGCUUUGUAAAAGUUCCUCGGCGUCCAGAUCGUCCUGGUAAGGGUGCAUACUGGACUCUCCAUCCACAAGCCUUCGACAUGUUUGAGAAUGGUUCACUAUUGAGGCGUAGAAAACGAUUCAAGCUUCACAAAGGUGAAAAAGACAGUUUGAAUGCGGAAUUGGCAGCCCUGGCAAGUUUUAACCGAGCAUUUCUAGCCCGUCAGGCUGGGACCGCUUCUGGGAAUAUGUCAUCCGGACUAUAUGGACCCAACGUGACUUUAUGUCCGAGGCUUAGUCCGGAAACUCCAGAAGCGCCGGACACAGCAGCGUUAUUACCCACCCUGCCUCGACCACGGCGGGCGUUUACUAUAGACGCUUUACUCGAGCCAGAGCCGAGACGAUCCUCUCCAUCGCCCCCAAUAGUUCAGCCCCAUUGUCCAAUGCCACUACCUCCAGCUCCAUACCUGCUAGCCGCUCAACGCUACCACGCGGAACUACUGGCCAAUUUACAACAGUCCUGCCUACCACCUCUAUGGACUUGGAGAGACACCAGUCAAUUUUCACACUACACUCUUAACUCAUGA